CUGACGUGCGGCGUCGUUUCCGGGAAAAUGGCGGCUGUCGAAGCAGCUGCGGAGCCGCUAACGGUGGUGGCGGCCGUUGGACUAAAGGCAAAGAACGAAGAGGAGGAAGAAGAAGAGUCGCUGCCACCGUUCGAGGCGGUGCGCUGGGCCCCGGUGGGGGCAGUGGCGGAGGCCGGGCCUGGGGCGACUGCAUUUUCAGAAGAGGCGGCGGCCGAGGAGCCCGGCCCGACCCCGGGCUCCCCUCCCGACUCGCCUGGCCGGACUCUGCGGCGGCUGCGGGCGGAGCGGCGGCGGCUGGACUCGGCGCUGCUUGCGCUGUCCUCUCACUUUGCUCAGGUGCAGUUCCGCUUGCGCCAAGUGGUGCGCGGGGCGCCGGCGGAGCAGCAGCGCCUCCUGCGCGAGCUCGAGGACUUCGCCUUCCGCGGCUGCCCUCACGUCCUGGGUUAUGGGGAGCCCGAGGACACCGCCAGCGACGAGGCCGACGGGCUGCUGGAGAUCCAGCCACGGUUGCGGGGCGAGGACCAGAGUGAGCAGGAGAAACGGGAACGUCUGGAAACCCAAAGGGAGAAGCAGAAGGAACUGAUACUGCAGCUGAAAACCCAGCUAGAUGACCUGGAAACCUUUGCCUACCAAGAAGGCAAUUAUGACUCCCUCCCACAGUCCAUGGUCUUAGAAAGACAGCGGGUGAUCAUAGAUGAGUUAAUAAAGAAACUGGACAUGAAUCUGAAUGAGGACAUCAGUUCACUGUCCACUGAAGAGCUUCGACAACGUGUGGAUGCAGCCGUGGCUCAGAUCGUCAACCCAGCCCGAGUGAAAGAACAGUUAGUUGAGCAGCUGAAAACUCAGAUCCGAGACCUUGAGAUGUUCAUCAACUUCAUCCAAGAUGAAGUAGGGAGCCCGCUGCAGACAGACAGUGGACACUGUGAUUGCAAAGCCAAUGGGAAGAUAGAAAAUGGCUCCACCAGAACAGGCAGCAGUAGACUGCCUCCAGGAAACAGUAAACAAAAGGCAGAAGAUGUGAAGAGAGUUCGAGAGACAGGGCUGCACCUGAUGCGGCGAGCACUGGCAGUGCUCCAGAUCUUUGCUGUUAGUCAGUUUGGUUGUGCCACGGGCCAGAUCCCACAAACUCUGUGGCCAAGGGGCCAGGCUGACAGGGACUACUCUCCCUUACUGAAGAGGCUAGAGGUGUCAGUAGACAGAGUGAAGCAGCUAGCCUUAAGGCACCAGCCGCAUGACCACGUCAUCACCUCUGCCAACCUCCAGGACCUCUCUCUGGGAGGCAAGGACGAGCUGACUACUGCUGUGCGGAAGGAGCUAACGGUGGCUGUGAGGGACCUUCUGGCCCAUGGAUUAUACGCCACCUCACCAGGGAUGAGCCUUGUGAUGGCCCCCAUUGCUUGUUUGCUGCCAGCCUUCUCCUCGGCCCCUGAAGCCAUGCACCCCUGGGAGCUUUUUGUAAAGUACUACCAUGCUAAGAACGGCCGUGCUUAUGUGGAAUCCCCAGCCCGGAAGCUCUCCCAGUCCUUCGCCCUGCCUGUUAUGGGAGGCAGUGUCGUAACACCCAAGCAGAGCCUACUGACAGCCAUCCACAUGGUGCUGACAGAGCACGACCCUUUUAAGCGCAGUGCAGACUCAGAGUUGAAGGCCUUGGUGUGCAUGGCAUUGAAUGAGCAGCGUCUCGUGUCAUGGGUGAACCUCAUCUGCAAGUCAGGGUCGCUCAUCGAGCCCCACUACCAGCCCUGGAGCUACAUGGCACACACAGGCUUUGAGAGUGCCCUCAACCUGCUCAGUCGCCUCAGCAGCCUCAAGUUCAGCCUCCCUGUAGACCUUGCUGUGCGCCAGCUCAAGAACAUCAAAGAUGCCUUUUAAUGGGAAUGCCCUGGCCCUACCCCACCACCUUGCUCAGUGAGGAAAGAUGGUUAGUCUUCAGAAUGUGGAGAAAGGAGUAGGAGGAAGGAUUAAAGACGUUUUCCCCAGCCAAAUGAUUGCAAAGUCUCAUUUCCCCACCAGCGAGGCAUCUCAGAAAGAAAUUCUGAAGACUCUCCUGUUUAAAGGUUCUUCCCUAGUGUAUAACCACAGUGUACAUGUGGCACAUAAAUCAGUCAUGGCACACAGUUAAUGCACCAACUCCUCAUGCCAUGUCUGACUUUCAGAAAACCCAGAUUGCACUAACCAUUCUCUUUAUGACUGUGAGUGACAAUAUGAAUGAGUUGUUGGUCCUGGAAGACAUUUGUCUUGAGGCUCCUGUUGGGAGCCAAGGUCAAGUGAGGCUAUGUAUAUUCAGUAGCUGCCUCUAAAACUAGGAAUGGGAAUAUUCUGAGGACACUGUUUCUAAGGGAAUUAACCACAAGUUGAUUUUAAUAUGAGCCCUUUUUCAUGUAGAGGUAAGAACUGAAAUCUGUUCUUGGCAAGGUGGUCCUCUUCUCAUGGCACAGACGAUGGUCUUUUGGUUUUGGAGCUGGUUGUUUAUAAGGAAUGACAACCAUUGUCUGGUACCAUGUCCUCUGGCAAGUAACCUUUCCUCUCUGCACCUCCCAACGAGACUCUGAUAAUCUCAGAAGUAGACGUGUUAGAAGUAUACUUCUUGAAUCAUUGUCACCCGAGGCAAGUGUGAAUAGGAAAACCGAUCAGUGACCAGCAGACAACUCCUUCCAGGGCUGUGACUCCUCUUGUCCUGGAGGCUGGAUGAUGGAGGAGGUCUGAUCAUGAGAUAAAUACUACAGAGCUGGGGAAAUAAGACAGGUCAGUGUUGACAGAGGAGGGACUAAACACUUCAUUGUAAAACUGACUCUAGAGUGGUCCUAUUUGGUUUUCAGUAUUUCAGCCUUUUUAGUUGAUAUUUGUCAUUCAGCCUACAUACGGCUACAGGACUGACCAAAGAUGGGCAAAGUGUAUCACUUUCCGGAAAACCAAAUGGGCUCCCCACACUACUGAUUCAGCAUUAUGUCAUAUAUUAAAUUGCCAGCUGCACUUUGUGUCUGCACUAUUGUGUAGUGCAUUUUACCUUAAAUUUUUUUAGCAACAUGUUAUUUAAGAUGUAUUAUUGAUAAUUCAUUAGAAUUAGUUCUCCAUCUGUGUGAAACAGAAUAAAUGUAAAAUGCUGUGAAAAAAGUGAUAUAUGUGUGAUUGCUAAUAAAAUCCUAGUAAUUUGUAUAGAUGCCCUGCAAAUAUUCAGAGA